AUGGAGCAAAGCAAUUCGAAUCGAGGAAAUGCAACGAAUGGCAGUGCCUCGACAGCCCUACUAAACUAUCCAGACCCGAGUCAGGGAAAUCAGACGCCGUAUCCGGUGCUCCAGAAGCCGCCGUCGUAUGGACCUUUCCCGGGCAGCACUCGUGGGCUGCUUCCUGCAUCCCAUGCGGCGUCUAGUUAUGGCGCUGUCCCAGGAUCACAGGCGCAGAGCUAUCACGGUCGCGAGACACGCCAGCAUAUGAACGGCUUUGGACCUCUCAGUGCCACUGAUUCCGAGCCUCCGCAUCUUGCCCCCACGAAUCUACUUGCGCUGCCGGCCUCGACACAGCUCACUCCAACCCAAAGACUUGCGCAACAGUUCCAAGUUAGGCAUGGAGACCCUGGCGAUCGUUCCGUAGGACUCGAGAAUGGCCUGCUGCCACAAGACGGCGAGAGGUGUUCCGAAUACGCAGGGAUCUGGCACGAAGAUACUGGAGGUAAGGCAGCGCAGAGCGCGGCAUUUCAUGCUGCUAUCAGGAAUGGCGAGCAAUACCAGUGGGAUCCGGACGCCAGCAGUGCUCGUGACCCUGAAAUCGAUGCGCUUUUCGAGGCGGAGGAGCUCGCUUCCAGGGGGUCGCGCGGCAGACCUAGAGGUCGAGGGCGUGGACGAAGUCGUGGUUACAAGUCGAUUCUCAAAGAACUUGACGCCAGAGUCUUUCCGGAACAAAAGAAGCGCGGACGAGGCGGCAGCCGUGGACGACCCCGGGGACGUGGACGGGGACGGGGAGGCCGAAGGAGCAAGGCUAUCGAUCCUGGUCCAGAGUUCAAGAAGUAUCUGCAGCUCGCGAACAAAGCAUAUGUGGACGGCGUGAACGAAGAGGCUGCCGACUACGCUCGUCAAGCUAUUCAAGCCAAUCCAGAAGUCUGGCAGGCGCAUUCACUUCUUGCUCAAAUCCUUGAGCUGCAAGGGCGAGACGAAGAUGCUGUCAACGCCAUGAAAUGGGGCGCAACGUGUUCCAAAGAGCCGGAAGUUUGGAUUCGCACAGCUGAGAAGAUUCUCGAGGUGGCUGGAGAUCGCCGCACGCGACAGGCGCUCAGAGAUGCAGUGGACUGCUAUGGCGAGGUUCUCAAGCUCACCCGAGGGUCGAAGUCUUCUUCCGACGGCGAAGAUGAUCUUGAACUUCAAGUUCGUAUGACGAUGAUCGAACUCUUCAAAGAGCUACACGAGACCAAAUCAUGCCGGAUGCACUGCAGGUCAAUUCUGAGGCAUCAUCCCGGGAACACCGUGAUCUUGCGCGAAUAUGCUAUGCUUGCUGGCCAAUGGCAAGAUCCCGGCGACAUGAGAGUCGCACAGGAGGCCUACGAAAAGGCAUUCGAAUUCUACCGGGAUGCCGAAGAAUUUGGCGCCGAGGACGACGGAACGGACCAAUUCAGUCAUCUCAACAUCUAUCUUGACCUUGUCGAGAUGCGCGGUAAUCCAGCUGAGGGCAUUUACAAGGGUAAGCAACUCGCACGGCGGUUCCUCGGUCGCCAAGACGAGACUUUCUGGGAGCGAUACGUAGACGAUGAUCGCGAGUUCGAUGACGGAAACGAGCGCAGAAUCGAAGUUGGCGAGUUCCAGCAAGGGCGAGCCAGCCGCGACAUGAUGAAGUAUGGCCACGGUUUGCCGAUCGAAAUCAAGGUCAAAUUUGGCUGCCUGCGCAUGAGGAUGGGGCAAGGACAUUUUGAAGAGGCACGCAAACAUUUCCGACCGCUGCUUCAAUACGCCGACGAGAUCGAAGAGUACCAUGACAUGUUCACGACAGUGGCAUCUUCACUCCGAAAGUCGGGCUUCAUGACGGAGGCGGCUGAAUACUACGACUGCGUGCGGAAUGUACCAAAUGCAGAUCAUCCAGACUACGGCCUCAGCGAGGACGUCUGGAUGCAGAUGGGCACAUGCUAUCAAGCUCUUGAGCGGCAAGAAGAUGCUGUGGCAUGCCUCGAAGCCAUCCUCGCUCGCAAAGGGGACAAGUACGCCCUGGCUUGCGCUCGAUUAGCCAAGCUGUAUGAAGAUAUAGGCGACAACGACAAGGCCCGCCUUCUCGCCAACGAAUUGAUCAUGCUCAAUCGCCGUGAUCUUCUUCAUGAGGCCGGUGUCAGGUUGGUGCCAGUCAUCAACAGGCCCCCACCCGUGAAAUUGCCUCCAGAGCUCGAGGCGAGACUCGCUGCGACCGCGGCCCUGAACAAUCCAAAGAAAUCCGCGGAGCUUUUGCCGUUGCCGCCUCCUCGGCUACUGAGAGAGCUCAGGCCGGCGGGACCUGUUCCAGCGACAGCUUCCCUUCGACCAAAGACAAUCGAGCAGGAUCCGAUCGAGGAGCAAGUCUCACAAUCAAAAUCGAGGAAGCGUAAGCGUGGUAAGAAGCAGCUGGAGGCACAUCCAGAAGCUCAAGCGGCGUCUCCAGCGGCCGAACAGAGCCCUCCAGUCAAGAGACCUCGGCUGAGGAAAUCUUGGGUACCCACAAAAGCUCAACAUGAACGUGAAUCACGCCAGAGGCAUAUUCAAGAUAUCGGAGAGCGGUCGAGGGAAAAUUUCGAUGUAGUCAGGCAUCAUUGGCCGGCACUGAAAGAAGGCACAGAUGAGUCUGCAGCAGAAGAAUGGAUUGCAGCAGCGAAUGGAAUGCUUGAGGAUUUCCUGUCGAUGAAAGUGUUCUUCCCGGAAAGAGACAAGCACAUCAAAUUGCGGGAGACUGACAACCCCGGAAGACCAUACAUCAGGAAUGUCUUCUCACGACAGGAUGAAGGCUACAACCCCAGAGACUUCUUGAAGAUUCCAUUCGACGACUGGCACCAUGUGUUUGUCGACUUGGCUUUGAUUUACGCGAAGAGCGGAGAGCAGGAUCGGUGCUAUAAGGUGGUGCAGGACGUCCUCUUCGCUGCCAACGUCUUCUACCAAGAUCUCGCGCUUCAUCGGACGAGCUUCGCGCUCGGCAUCCACUGUGGUCUGGUUUUCAACGACAGUCAAUACCUCAUCGAUCUGGCUCGCCAAAUGAUCACCGAUAGCGAAUACCGCGGCCCGAUGACUUACCAGCUCUUCGCCGCCGUCAAUCGCUUCUCUUUCGGUAGCAACUGGUUCUCGUCCGGCCCGUCACAAAAGUUCAUGCUGCGAAUGGUGAAGCUUUUCGACUACCUGGCCAUGGAGCACGGCGAUAUGAAAGGUGUGCGUGACCGCAUGGACUGGGCGGCGCAGAAGCCUAGCCUUGAAACUAAGGCAGCAAGGAUGAGAACAUCGGGCGAGCCUUUUCCCCCGGAACCUGAUGCUGGGAUUCUCACAAUGUACGGACAUAUGGUUGCUGUCGCGAAUCAUUCCCACUCGUCGCUGCCUUACUAUUACCGUGCUCUUGCUCUACAGCCGGACAACAUCUGCAUCAAUCUGAGCAUUGCCGCGAUGUGGGUGCAAGUUUCCAUGAAGCGACAAACGGAAAACCGUCAACAUGGCAUUACUCAAGGGCUCGCUUUCUUGUAUCGAUACUACGACUUGCGCACUGCCAGUGGCAAGGCAUCCCAUAUCCAGGAGGCGGAGUAUAACACUGCGAGAAUGUGGCAUUACCUCGGCCUCAAUCACCUGGCCGUCCCUGCGUACGAAAAAGUCUUGGCUUUGAGUGAGAAAGUUCGGGAGGAAAAUAGGAUCGAGGGCGGGAGCUUAGAGCUCGAUGCGGAAGACUACGCGACUGAGGCGGCUUUUGCUCUGCAGGGCAUCUUUGCGCUCACGGGGAAUCUGGAAGCUGCGCAUAGGAUUGGCGAGAGGUGGCUUGUUCUCUGA